AUGGAUUCCGACGAAGAGUACAUGUCAGGCUUGUCUACUGACGCCGAGGACAUGCAAGAAUACAGCGGCGAUGAGAUGUCUGCCGGUGAAGAUUUAGACUUCGAAGACGAUUUCGAUGAGCCCGAUCCAGAUUUUGGCCUAUCGACCAAGGACAUCGGCAAGACCAAGCAGCCUGCUCAUGUCGUCUCGUUCAAAGUCCACCAGCCCUCCGACAUUCAACACCAACAAGAUGACAUGAUCAACGAAGUGAAUAUGAUUCUGGACAUGCGCAAGGAAGACGCGGCUAUUAUGCUGCGCCACUUUCGAUGGAAUAAAGAACGUUUACUCGAAGAUUACAUGGACCGCCCCGAAAAGGUUCUAGAAGCUGCCGGCUUAAGUAGCAAUACUUCUGCCUUACCAAAGCUAGAGGCAGUCCCUGGAUUUGUGUGUGACAUUUGCUGUGAGGAUGAAGACGGCCUGCAAACCUUUGCUAUGAAGUGUGGUCAUCGGUACUGUGUGGACUGUUAUCGACACUAUUUGACCCAGAAGGUCAAAGGGGAGGGCGAGGCUGCUAGAAUCCAGUGCCCUGCCGAUGGAUGCGGCCGCAUUCUCGACUCCCGAUCUCUGGACUUGCUUGUCACGUCCGACCUAACCGGCCGAUACCACGAGCUACUGAACCGGACCUACGUCGAGGACAAGGAUAUGUUCAAAUGGUGUCCGGCUCCCGAUUGCCCGAAUGUCAUUGAGUGUGGCAUCAAGAAGAAAGACUUGGAUAAGAUUGUCCCGUCUGUGGAGUGUAUUUGCGGCUACAGAUUCUGCUUUGGCUGCCCAAAUGCUGAUCACCAGCCUGCACCUUGCGCUCUGGUGAAGAAGUGGCUCAAAAAGUGUGCCGACGACUCGGAAACUGCCAACUGGAUUUCAGCAAACACUAAGGAGUGUCCCAAGUGCAGUUCGACUAUUGAGAAGAAUGGUGGAUGUAAUCAUAUGACUUGUAGGAAAUGCAAGUAUGAAUUUUGUUGGAUGUGUAUGGGUCUGUGGUCGGAACAUGGCACCAGCUGGUACAAUUGCAACAGGUAUGAAGAAAAGAGCGGCUCUGAGGCUCGAGAUGCGCAAGCGAAGUCUCGCACAUCAUUGGAGCGGUACUUGCAUUAUUACAACCGCUAUGCCAACCACGAACAGUCUGCCAGAUUGGACAAGGACAUCGCCCAGAAGACCGAGAAGAAGAUGAUCCAGCUGCAAACGACGUCUGGCAUGUCGUGGAUCGAGGUCCAGUACCUCAAUUCUGCCUCACAGGCUCUGCAAACCUGCCGACAGACGCUUAAGUGGACUUAUGCGUUUGCCUUCUACCUUGCGAGAAACAACCUGACGGAAAUUUUUGAGGACAAUCAAAAGGAUUUGGAAAUGGCAGUGGAGAAUUUAUCUGAGAUGUUUGAGAAGCCAAUUAAUGAAUUGUCUGAUCCAAAGCUCAAAGUUGAUAUCAUGGACAAAACAUCAUACUGCAACAAGCGGCGCGUUAUUCUACUCGAAGACACUGCUGAGAAUCUGGCAAAUGCAAAAUGGACCUUCAACUCAGACAUUAUCAGUAACUCUGCCGCACCUCCUCGCCGCUAG